AUGCACCGCGCACUGCACCGCGCACCCCAAUGCACCGCGCACCCCAAUGCACCGCGCACCGCACCGCACCCCAAUGCACCGCGCACUGCACCGCGCACCCCAAUGCACCGCGCACCGCACCGCACCCCAAUGCACCGCGCACUGCACCGCGCACCCCAAUGCACCGCGCACCGCACCGCACCCCAAUGCACCGCGCACUGCACCGCGCACCCCAAUGCACCGCGCACCGCACCCCAAUGCACCGCGCACCGCACCGCACCCCAAUGCACCGCGCACCGCACCGCACCCCAAUGCACCGCGCACUGCACCGCGCACCCCAAUGCACCGCGCACCGCACCGCACCCCAAUGCACCGCGCACUGCACCGCGCACCCCAAUGCAUCCCGUACUGCACUGCACCGCGCCUCCCAAUGCACCGCGCACUGCACCGCGCACCCCAAUGCAUCCCGUACUGCACUGCAUCGCGCCUCCCAAUGCACCCCGUACUGCACCCCAAUGCACCCCGUACUGCACUGCACCCCAAUGCACCCCGCACUGCACCGCGCACCCCAAUGCACCGCGCACUGCACCGCACCCCAAUGCACCGCGCACUGCACCGCGCACCCCAAUGCACCCCGUACUGCACCGCGCACCGCAGCCCGCACCGCACUGCACUGCGCACCCCAAUGCACCCCGCACCGCACCCCGGCAGCCAGGAGGAGGCAGGAGCAGCUUCUCCGGGCCGUCGGUGCCGGGCACCUCCCGCCGCUCCCUGGUGCGGCAGUGA